AUGGAAAAAAACCUGCUUAAAAAAGGCGAGCUUAAGACCUCGUAUGACAAUGUACUCGAGGAAUACCUCAAAUUAAAUCAUAUGGAAGUAGUCGAGUCAUAUGAAAAAAUUACAAAAGGUAAAUAUACUUCAUUUUACCUCCCACACCAUGCAGUAAUAAAGCCAGAAAAACUUACAACAAAAGUAAGAGUUGUAUUCAAUGCCUCGAAAUGCACAAGCUCAGGCAAUUCAUUAAAUGACGUAUUAUAUACGGGACCCACACUACAACCUGAUUUAAUGCUCCUAAUACUAAAUUGGCGCAUGUUUAAAUACGUUUUCAAUGGGGAUGUCGAAAAAAUGUACAGACAAAUCCUUGUGCAUAAAAACGACCAAGAUUUUCAGCGCAUUAUAUUUCGCAAUUCACCUAGUAGUCCAAUACGCGACUACAAAUUAAAAACGGUGACAUUUGGCGUAAAUUGCGCCCCCUUUCUUGCCAUUCGAACACUUCACGAAUUGGCAAACGAUAUAAAAGAAAAAUUGCCUCUAGCAACCCCGGUGUUAAAAACACAAACUUAUGUGGACGAUAUCCUGUCGGGAAGCCACAGCUUACCCCAAGCAUGUGAAUCACUAUCUCAAGUGAUCCAAGCCCUCAACUCCGCAGGGUUCCCCUUAAAAAAGAUAACGGCCAACCACCCCGAAAUAUUAAAAAAUAUAAAUAAAGAUCACAUAUUAGACACAAACUUCCUCAUCUUUGAAAAAGAAAGUACCACCAAAACUCUGGGAAUACGAUGGAAUGCGAUAUCAGAUCAAUUCUCAUACACUCUUGAGUCAAUAUCUGCAAUAUCCGCAAAAACCAAAAGGCAAAUCCUGUCGUCUGUGGCAAAACUUUUUGACCCCGCAGGAUGGCUUGCACCAAUUAUGAUCCAAGCAAAGAUACUCAUUCAAGAAUUGUGGCUAGACGGAACAGAUUGGGACGAACAAGUUAAACCACUACGCUUGAUAAAAUGGUCCCAAUUUGCCAACAAUCUGAACACUAUUUCGGAAAUACAAAUCCCUCGAUGGGUAAACUACUCUCCCGAACAUCAAGUCGAACUUCACGGCUUCUGCGACGCCUCUGAAAAGGCAUACUGCGCUACUAUAUACGUGCGCACACAACAAGAUAGCAAAACAACAAGCCACUUGCUAGUCGCAAAAGGCAAAGUGGCUCCGCUAAAGACCGUAAGCCUACCACGACUUGAGCUAUGCGGGGCGCUCCUCCUUGCAAAACUAGCCUCCACCGUUCAAACCCACUUAAGCCUGAACAAUCGCAAAUUACAUCUAUGGACUGACUCUGGAAUAGUUUUAGCUUGGUUAGAAAAACCACCCCAUAUGUGGAAGACAUAUGUGUCAAACCGCACAGCCCAAAUAAUUGACUUAGUUGGGCCAGCAACUUGGCGACAUGUAGCCAGUGCUGACAACCCAGCCGAUCUUGGCACAAGAGGUUGCAAACCCCUGCAUCUCGCCACCACCUCACUCUGGUGGAACGGCCCCAGCUGGCUAACAGAAUCACAAGAAUUCUGGCCACAAUCCCCGAUACGCAACAUAAUACCCCCCGAAAGUCGAAAAAUUGAAAGCUUUCAUGCCGCAUUGAAUGAUACUGACAUACUGGAGCGAUUUUCAUCGUUCCCCCCGAGCCCUCAGAGUAAUAGCUUAUAUGUUUCAGUUCAUAACUCGCCUCAAAAAUAA